AUGGCGUUCUUCCUCAGGCUUACACUAAUAGUCCCUUUGCUAUUAUCAAUAGGCUAUGCUCACCCCCUCGAACCAACAAAUGACGAGGCUUUGAACGUUCGCGCAACUGUCGGUUCCAAAUCAACGAUUGUCCAAAUGUUCGAGUGGACUUGGGACAGUAUCGCUACAGAAUGUACUGAUUUUCUCGGCCCUGCAGGAUAUGGAUACGUCCAAACUAGUCCUCCGCAAGAACACAUCACUGGCACAGAAUGGUGGACUGAUUACCAGCCCGUAUCUUACAUCUUGACCUCCAAGCGCGGUGAUAGAGCUCAGUUUCAAAGUAUGAUUGAGACGUGCCACGCCGCGGGAGUAUUGGUUAUUGCAGACACCAUUUUUAACCAUAUGACUGGGAACGCGGAGGGGAGCGGGGUCGCCGGAUCUACCUACACACAGUUCGUGUAUCCCGGGAUUUAUGAGGCGCAAGAUUUCCAUUACUGUGGUUUAGAGCCCGGAAACACCAUUGUGAAUUACGAUAAUGAAGUCGAGGUGUGGACUUGCGAACUGGAGGGACUCGCUGACCUUGCAACGGACACCACCUAUGUUCAAGGUCGACUCGCAGAAUAUGCAAAUGACAUGGCGUCAUUGGGUAUUGACGGGUUACGGUUGGAUGCUGCAAAAAAUAUAGCGCCAGCGGAUAUCGAAGCGAUCGUUGCCCAGUUCGAUGUUUCUCUGUAUCUCACUCAAGAAGUCAUCUGGGGAUCAGGGCAGCCUGUGACUCCUGAACUUUACACCGGAAUAGGUCAAUCAUAUUUAAGUCUCUCGCCGUUCCGUUACACGACCGCCCUGCAGAGCGCAUUCUUGGGUGGUGGAAUAUCUAAUCUCGAGAACUUGUCCAGCCAAGGUUGGAUUGAUUCUUCAGACGCUAAUGUUUUUGUCACCAAUCAUGAUACGGAACGAAAUGGAGGCUCACUUAACUACGAAUCUCCCAGCAAUACCUACACCACCGCAAUGAUUUUCUCACUUGCGUAUCCAUUCGGAAACACCGUCACAAUCCUGUCCAGUUACGAAUUUGCCACAACUGAUGAUGGAGCGCCGAACGGUGGUACUGGAGAAUGUAGCGGAACUGGAGGGACCGAUGGAUGGAUUUGCCAGCAUCGCUGGGUAGCUGUCUCUGGCAUGGUCGGAUUCAAGAACAACGUUGGUUCAGCAGCAUUGAAUGACUGGGUCUCUCCUCAGUCUGAGCAAAUUGCAUUUGGUAGAGGUGCCCUCGGAUUCGUCGCGAUCAACAACGCCGACACAGUUUGGAGUGCAACGUUCUCGACUUCCUUGCCAGCCGGUAGUUAUUGUGAUGUUAUCAGCGGAACCAGCUCCUCUGGAAAUUGUACGGGGACAGGGAUCACUGUAUCCGGAGGAUUAUUCACUGCCUCAGUCCCGGCAAGGAGUGCGAUCGCUAUUCAUACCGGAGCCUUGGGCACUGGGGGUUCAACAGGUCCAGGUACUGGAAGCACUGGAUCCGGAUCUGGAACUGUAUCUGUAACGUUCGAAGAGACUGCUACUACCACGUUUGGAGAGAAUAUUUUCAUCUCUGGAAGUAUCCCUGAGCUAGGGUCUUGGGAUACUGAUGAUUCGAUUGCUCUCUCAUCUGCGGAUUAUCCAGUAUGGACGUUGACUAUUGAUCUACCUGCCAAUACACUCUUUGACUACAAGUUUAUUCGAAAGGAGACUGAUGGAAGUAUCGUAUGGGAAUCGGAUCCCAAUAGAGAAACUACGACAGUAACGUCAGGAUCGGAGACUCUUACCUCCACAUGGAGAUAG